CAUCAUCAACUUGCUUUCAAAUACGUUUUUAAUAUUCGAAAAUUAUCUGUCGUAGGAAUCUUUGCUUGGUUUUUAAGAGGGUUUGCUUGGUUUUUGUGGGUUCGGGAAGAACAGGAGAAAGAACAGAAAUUAACAAGACUAAGAAGGUUUCUGGGAAUUUGAUUUACGGGAACAUAUGGGGAGACAGCCAUGUUGUGAUCGAGCGGGGUUGAAGAGAGGUCCAUGGACUAUGGAAGAAGAUCGAAGACUUAUGAAUUUUAUCAUCAACAAUGGCAUCCAAUGUUGGCGAAUGGUUCCUAAGCUUGCAGGUUUGCUAAGAUGUGGGAAGAGUUGUAGGUUGAGAUGGAUUAAUUAUCUAAGGCCUGAUCUCAAAAGAGGGACACUAUCAGAAGCGGAAGAGGAUCAGAUUAUUGAACUUCAUGCUCGUCUUGGAAAUAGGUGGUCAAAGAUUGCCUCGCAUUUUCCAGGGCGUACAGAUAAUGAAAUCAAGAAUCACUGGAAUACUCGAAUCAAGAAAAAGUUAAAGCUUCUUGGAGUAGACCCGAACACCCACAAACAAAUUGAUGAAGAGAAAAAACAAGAUAUGGGACCCAAGAAUGAGCAAUGUAACACCAUCUAUGAUGUCACAUCGAAUAAUGGAAAUACACAAGUCGGUCAUAAGAAGAUAGAUGAACAUAGACUCGACAAUGACAUAAACUCCCAGAACCAUCAUGACAUGGUUUGCAAGAACUUCGACAUGGAUUUACGAACAAAUAUGAAUCAGGAAGAAUCAACGUCAAAAUCAUUUAGCUAUUCUCAUUCGUAUUCUUAUGAGGAUUCAAUGAACCCUGAUCUUUAUAUUGGAGAAUCCCCUUUCGUAGAAGGAGAUUAUUCUUUACAACAAUGGGUUGAUGGUGUAGAUCCAUCGUUGUUAUGGGAUUACCUCAGUCAACAAGAGGAUACAUUUUUCCUUUUAGGAAACACUUAGUGGUAAAUGUGGUAUAUCUUUUUGUUCAUUAUAUUAAUGUUGUUAGUAGGUCAUUAAUUAAGAAAAAAAAUUGAAAAAGAAAGAAGACCGAGCUUAAUUAUGUUAUCAACUCUUGAUAUUCGAAUUUUGUAUUAAAGAAAAGAAUGUAAUUCUCUCUAAUAUUGA